AUUAUUUUCUUUACCUAAAGAAUGACAUAGUUGUUGGGCUUUGUGGAGGUUUGGGCUUGACUUUUGGCCCGGCCCAUUUUACGAAACCCUAGAUGCACUCUUCCUAUAUAUAUUGCAUUCUUGUACUUGUAAUUGACACCACAAGUGAAAUAAGAAAAUCCUCCCGUUGCAGCUGUGGAUUAGGGAAACCGAACCACGUUAAAUUCUUGUGUGUCGUUUGUGUUCCGUUUCUCUCUUGAUUCUCGCAGAUAUUUGUGUGUGUUGCGUGUUUAAUCCCCAACAAGUGGUAUCAGAGCAAGGUUAUUCAACACGAGCACAAAUUGUGAGAAAUUUGUCACCUAGGGGUUUUCAGAUCUGUGCGUGCUGAGCCGCCGGGAGAGAUCUGAGAUUCUAGUAGUCCAAUCUGAGAUUGCCGUUCAGAUCGUGCCGCCGUCAGCCGCUGAUUCGUCCAGGUGCCGUCGUAGAGGAGUCGUCACUCAACCGGCCGUCGCUGAAGGAGCAGUGCGUCUGUUGAGCGAGACCGCCGCCGCCGACGAGAGGAGUCGCUGGGUCGGGAUCUGUCGCUGUCGUGGAGGAAUCGCCGCCGCGUCGCCAUCUCGAUCGCCGCCUCCGAUAGGCGCGCGCAGAAGGAGCCGCCGCCGCUACCGUCUUCAAUUGCAGAGCCGCCGGGAGUGACGCCAAACAGCCGCGGCAGGAGCGAACACCAGGGGCAGUCGCCGUCCUCAGUUGUCGCCGCUGUGAGGGUCGCGCCAGAGUGAGUCGCGCAGCAGGGGAGAGAGCUGCAGCCUUGGGGUUGCCUCGGUGCCGCGCCGCCCAGGACCCACCUUCCGGAUCGCCGCCGCCGAUAGCAGCGCGAAGGUCUGAGCCGCUGAGGGAGAGUGGCUCUGAUAGACCUGCCGCCGCUAGCCACGCCUAGAGAAGAGACCGCCGCGCCGUUUCAUUGGCCAAGCCGCCGCCGCCGUCGAAGUUGUUCAUGGAGAUCCGUCUUGCACCUGCCGCUGUGGCGCACAACACCAGGACAGAAAAAAGGGGAACGGCAGCCCACUUUGAAAAAUAAGAAAAGGAGUGGUGGGCCCGGGCAGUGGGCCAAAUUGAGUUUCAUUUGGUCAGCCCCCAUCCUUUCUCUUUUCUUGUUUUUUUUUUGGUUUGAUUGGGCUUUAUUUGGAGAGGUUUGGGCCUGUUUGAUUUGGAAUUGGUGAGAAGUGGUCUUGUUCCUGAUUUUCUGACAAAAUUACCAAGAUCUGAAAUUUUUGUACCGGGUAUCUCGUCCAGUCGUUUGAGAUGGCAGAAGACGGGAAGUUCCGAAUUGAGAAGUUCGAUGGUACAGAUUUCAGUUGGUGGAAGAUGCAAAUUGAAGAUUUGCUGGUUCAGAAAGAUUUGGACGUGGUUUUAAGUGACAAGCCAGAAAAGAUGUCGGAUGCAGAUUGGGCAGGUUUGGAUCGGAAAGCAAUGUCCGUGAUCCGUCUCUCGUUGACCAAGAAUGUUGCGUUCAACAUUCUAAAGGAGAAGACAGCGAAGGGAAUUAUGGAAGCGCUGUCUAAUAUGUACGAGAAGCCAUCUGCAGCUAACAAAGUUUUUUUGAUUAGAGAGCUGGUGAAUACAAGGAUGAGAGAAGGCACUUUAGUUACCGAGCAUAUCAACAAGUUGAAUUCGAUCUUAGCCAGACUUGCGUCAGUGGGCAUCAAGUUCGAUGAUGAAGUUCAAGCUUUGCUACUGCUAUCGUCUUUGCCUGAUAGUUGGUCCGAAACGGUUACAGCGGUUACCGGUUCAGUGGGGCCUGAUGGAUUCACCUUUGAUCAGAUUCGAGAUCUCAUUCUUGGCGAGGAUGUCAGAAGAAAGAGUUCGGGGGAGUCAUCUGGUGAAUUACUUCAUGUUGGUAGAGGCAGAAGAAAUAGCAGAGGUAGUGGGAGAAGGAACAGACAAAGGAGUCAGUCGAAGACUCGUGACAGCUCAGGUGUAACGUGCUGGAAAUGCAAGGAGGUAGGGCAUUUUAGGAAUCAAUGUCCGAAUGAUAAGAAAGUAAACAUUGCUCAAGGCUCUGCGAGUGACGAGGAGGUCGCUCUGACUUGCUCCAAGUUGCCUAGAAGACAGUGGGUCAGGAGAACCAGUAUUCCAGCUGUUGGAACAUCUCCAGAAAAUUUCUUGCUGAGUAUGGAGAGUGUUUGUUCUCAGGAUGUUCCAGGAUCCGGCAGUGUGCGUCUGCAGUGGGAGCCGGUAGGGACCGAGGACGAGUCAGGGACAGACUUUGCCGUGACUGAUAUGUUGGAGCUUGGGAGAGCUUCAACGGGCCUUUCAGUUGUCUGAUGAUAGGGCCGCUGCAACAGGAGAGCUGAAGAAGAUUACUCGAUGUACAGGCGAUCGUGGCGGAUGGCAGUUGAUGUUUAUC